GUGCUGCUUGGGCCGGGGAGUAAAGUAUUUCAACAUGCACAUCAGCAGUGACUAGCCUUGUUCGUAGGCUAGCUCUUCAACAAAUGCUGAAUGGACUGGACAUGUUUUAUACCCAGAGAAGAUGUCUGAGGUUUUUUGUUUAUGGGUACUGCAUCUCAAUUGAUGCCUGUCAAUGAUUCCAAGUCUCUUUUUUACUUAUUCAUAGAGUCUUAGCUAGUAUAUUUGCUUCUCCCUGUGUUCUACAACAGUGUAACUGAAGUGAACUGAACAGCCUCUUCAACAAUCAGUGCAACCCAUUCUAGGUGUGACUGUGUGAGGCUGUCUGUCUGCGAGGUGUACCUGGGGCUUCUUGGACAGGAGAAAACCGCGUGAACAGAACAAGGAUCUGAACAUGGUUCAUGCUGCGGCUAUGGCUCAGGGGAAGAAGAGACCAGCGGUCCCCCCUCCUGAUGGGGGCUGGGGCUGGGUGAUCGUGGCCGGCUGCUUCAUGGUCACUGUUUGCACACGUGCCGUCACUAGGUGCAGCCUCUCUGCAGAUUCGGACGUAGGAGCUUGUGGUUCAUUACCCCCCAAGCAGGCGUUCUUCCCACACGUCCCAGGCUUUUUACAGCUCUCCCCUCAGCUUCGUGAUUACACAAUUCAUUACGGUUGCAUCGCUCCCUCCGACCGCUCAGGUCAUCACCAUGUCUAGCUGGAAAAGAAUGCAUCUCAAUUUUUUUUGUGGAGUUUCAGAUGCACUUUGGUGGGGACUAUUCAGGGACAGCCUGGAUCCACAGUCUGGUGGACUGCACCACUAUGCUGUGUGCUCCUCUAGGCAGCUUCAUUGGGAACCGUCUCUCGUGCCGCAUCGCUGUGAUCCUUGGGGGCUUCCUGUCCUCCAUCGGCCUGGUCCUCAGCUCUUUCGCUACCAGCCUGGAGUACCUGUACCUCAGCCUGGGGGUCCUCACAGGUAUUGGAUUUUCCCUCUGUUACACCCCUGCCAUUGCCAUGGUGGGGUCAUAUUUCUGUGAGAGGAAAGCCCUGGCAUACGGGAUCGCCAUGUCAGGUAGUGGCAUCGGGACCUUCAUCCUGGCCCCUGUGGUCCAGCUGCUCAUAGAGCACUACUCCUGGCGCGGGGCCCUACUCAUCCUGGGGGGCGUUGUCUCCAAUCUGUGUGUCUGUGGGGCCUUACUGCGCCCUAUCACUCUGAAAGAAGAAGAGGAGGCCCAUGGUCCGGUCCCGUUGGAUACCGACUGUGGAUAUAGGGUCAAAGCUCAGGUGGUGAGCACGUUAGAGGAACCUCUGGCGAUUAACAACAGCAAAGACAGCCGCUGCUUCAAGUCUAUGCAGGAGUACCGCUUCCUGCUGAUGCCGGACUUCCUGAUGCUGGCGGUGAGCUUCUUGUUCCUAGCCAGCGGCUGCAGCCUGCCGUUCGUCUACCUUGUGCCCUACGCACUGGAUGUGGGCGUAAGCCACCACCAGGCCGCUUUCCUCAUGUCUAUCCUGGGGGUCAUAGACAUCGUGGGGAACAUCACCUUCGGCUGGCUCGUAGACAGGAGGUGCCUGAAGAAGUAUCGUAAUGUGUGCUACAUGAUUGCAGUGGGCAUGGAGGGACUUUGCUGCCUCUUCAUCCCUCUCCUGCGGACGUUCGCCCUGCUGGUGCCUUUCUCUGUGCUUUAUGGGUACUUCGAUGGCGCCUACGUGGCCCUCAUACCUGUGGUGACCUCAGACAUUGUGGGGACAACUAACCUCUCCUCCGCUCUGGGGAUUGUGUACUUCCUACAUGCCAUUCCUUACCUGCUCAGCCCUCCAAUAGGAGGCUGGCUAGUUGACACCACAGGCACCUACACGGCCACCUUCUUCCUCAGUGGCUUUGCCCUCAUCUCCAGCUCACUGGUCAUCAGCACAGUGACUGGGAUACGCCACUGUCGCAGGACCCAAAAGCACAGAAAAAACAAUAAAGACACAGACCCCAAACAGGAUCCUUGUCAAGGCAGCCGAUCAGACUUCUACAUAGCCUCAAGUAAAGAUGUGAACCCUUCAACCAACACAGCAAAUUCUUAACAUUGGACGCUUUUGUGUAGUUUUGCAUUUGUUUUGUUGGAAUACCAAAGUAUAUUGAAGAUUAUGAGAAACAAUGGUCAAUUGGUACACAUAAUCUAGCGUGGUAGUUCAGGUUUGGGAUUGAUUUUCCUCAGAAUGAGCCAUUAUAAACGGACACUAAAUGGAAUGUAAAUAAUUCCGCCGGAACCAGAACAGCUUCAGCUGAAAUAUGGAAUUUUCGUUCUGAUCUGUCUAUCAAAGCUGUGAUAAUAUUGCUCAUUUUAUGUGCCUUUCUCUUUCAGGGUUUCCAUGUCUGUCAAUCCAAAUGUAACGGAAGAAGUUGAUCAAUUUCGAUAUCUGAAGAUUCAGACAGGGUGUUUGUAAUAGAUUAUUUCUGAAGACAACAGUCUUCCAGUUGUUUCGUAAAUACUUGAUGUUGACAUGGGAGGUCAGCCAUAGUCUUUCACUCCUUUGUGAACGACUAUGAUCUAUUGAAAUGAAUGAUAAUGGGAACUUCCUUCAGACUGGAACUUAGAAGUUAAUAAUGAAUUAGUCAUUAUUCAUUUAUAAAGGUAUAUGCAUUUUCAUACCAAUUUCCUAUACAAUAAUUGAUGACAUUAAAAGACAGGAUGAUUUGCUUUACAUGUGUACACCAAAUGUAUAGCUUUGUAAAGAUAUACAAAAUGUAUUAUUACACUGCCACUUGUUACUUUGUAGUUACACCAGAGGGCUAGGAGGACAAUUAUCUUGUUCCAUAUUAGAACAACCCUUGUCUGACCCUUCUGAGCUUAACGUAAAAGCUAUAGGCCAUCUCAGCCAUAUGACUUCAUAACACACAUUGGAUCCACUUAGAAAAAAAGGUGUUAUCUACACUGAAAAAUAUAUAUAAACACAACAUGUAAA